GUUAGACGUGAGCCGCCUGUGAUUGGUGUAGGGCUGUGGUUUCCAGGUGUCGUGGUAGGCUGCGUUACCACGUCAGUGAAGUUUACAGGGAAGACUCCAGCCGGCUUGUAGCCGGGGCCUGUGAUAAGGUAGUGGCGCCUCUGGUCAGCAUUGAUUGAUUUCUAUGUGACCAGCAGCCGAGGAACAGGCAGUAAUCCGGGGACUCCGUGCCGACGUCUUUCUGCGUUCCUGCUGAAGGAGCUGAAUGUAAAGCCAACGUCACCGCCGCUGCCUAGGCCGCCAUCUUGGAUUGAGGGUCAGUCCCACUGACAGGGCUUCCAAAAUGGUGGACAGAAAUAUCUACAUCGUUCAGGGGGAAAUCAGCACUAUUGUUGGUGCCAUAAAACGCAAUGCACGAUGGAGCAUGCACACUCCUUUGGAUGAGGAACAGGAUCCUUUGCUGCACAGCUUCAGUCAGCUUAAAGAAGUCUUGAAUAAUAUUAAGCAUAUAUCUGAAAUUGAGCCCAACGUAUUUCUUCGUCCUUUCUUGGAGGUUAUUCGUUCUGAAGAUACAAGUGGCCCCAUUACUGGGCUUGCGCUGACAUCUGUGAACAAAUUUCUUUCUUAUGCACUAAUAGAUCCGGUCCAUGAUGGUACUGCUGAAGGAAUUGAGAACAUGGCAGAUGCAGUUACACAUGCCCGCUUUGUUGGCACAGACCCAGCAAGCGAUGAAGUUGUGCUGAUGAAAAUCCUGCAGGUCCUACGCACGUUGCUACUUACGCCAGUAGGAGCUCAUCUCACCAAUGAGUCUGUCUGUGAAAUUAUGCAGUCCUGUUUCCGCAUUUGUUUUGAGAUGAGGCUGAGUGAGUUAUUGAGAAAAUCUGCAGAGCAUACUCUUGUCGACAUGGUGCAGCUGCUCUUCUCAAGAUUGCCACAAUUUAAAGAGGAAGCAAAAAGUUUUAUUGGGGCCAGCAUGAAAAAGAUCUCUUCGUGUCUUCUCUCCAAAGUGGACACUAAUAAUGGUGAACAGUCCAAAAACCUCAACCAAUUAGAGAGGGUACUUCUUUUUAAGAGCCUAAAGUUGAAGAUGAGGGCUGGAGGUACCAGUGAAACCUCAAAAUGGAAGAAACAGAAGCGAUCGCCACGACCACCUCGUCAUUUGACCAAAGCAAUGACUGGAGUUGAUGCUCAACAGCAGCCUUUAAUUAAUGGCUCAACAAAUUCGGGUGGAAUUCCUUUCAUUGAAGCGUCCUCUCCAGAUGCUACCUCCCCUGUCUCAGCUGGAAGCUCAGAGGCCACAUCAUCUGCUGUGAGCCCCAUGACUGACAGUGCACUUGGAUUUUCCUCCCAGACUACAUCUAAAGAGGAUCUUUCUGAAAUAGACAAUGCAAACAUUGCAACACUACAGUCAUCUGGAGCCUUGUAUCUAUCCGAACAACCAAACCCAGAUGACCACAAGACUGAAGAAUUACUAGGAAGGAAGACUCAAUCUGCCUCUGUUGAAUCCUUACCUGAAGUUUUGGAUGAUAGCUCAUCACUGGCUGAACAUUCAGACUCUGCCUCUGUACAUGAUAUGGACUAUGUCAACCCUCGUGGAGUUAGGUUUACACAGUCUUCACAGAAAGAAGGAGUGGUUUUGGUUCCUUAUGGAUUACCCUGUAUUCGUGAACUUUUUCGCUUUCUCAUUUCACUUGCCAACCCCCAUGAUCGCCAUAACUCCGAAGUGAUGAUGCACAUGGGAUUACAGCUGAUUACGGUGGCAUUGGAAUCUGCCCCCAUAGCAAAUUAUUCCUCACUUCUGGGGCUUGUGAAGGAUGAGCUCUGUCGACAUUUAUUUCAGCUGUUAAAUGCAGAGCGAUUGAACUUGUAUGCAGCUUCCUUGCGAGCUUGCUUCCUUCUGUUUGAAGGCAUGCGAGAACAUCUAAAAUUUCAGCUGGAGAUGUACAUAAAAAAGCUGAUGGAUAUCAUUACUGUGGAGAAUCCAAAGAUGCCAUAUGAAAUGAAGGAGAUGGCUCUAGAAGCUAUUGUACAACUUUGGAGGAUACCUAGCUUUGUAACUGAGCUUUACAUAAACUACGACUGUGAUUUUUACUGCUCUAAUCUCUUUGAGGAUCUCACCAAGCUGCUCUCUAAGAAUGCCUUUCCAGUAUCUGGCCAACUAUAUACCACUCACCUACUUUCAUUAGAGGCUUUGCUGACCGUCAUUGACAGCACAGAAGCACAUUGUCAGGCUAAGAUUCUGCGUAACACUUUGCAACAGGAUACAAAAGAGACAGGCAAAACCACUGUGGAUAACUCAGAGAAAUCUCUAGAGUCUCUUAACGGGAGUGAACAUGCUGUAGAAAGCACCGCCGUAAUCACAAGUACGGAAUCCAAGGGGGCUCCAACCAGCGGGCAUUUAAUGGCGGACAAAAUGAGUCUUGGCAUUCAGGAGGCAGAGAGUGCCUGUACUGGAGUUGAUAAGACCCCGAAGGUACCACUACGGUUUUCUUCUGCACUUCCAGCUGUGCAAGAACUAAAUGAUAUAAAAAACAAGAAAAAGCUUGUCAUCACUGGAACAGAGCAGUUCAAUCAAAAGACAAAAAAAGGGAUACAGUUUCUUCAGGAAAAGAAUCUCUUGGCUACACCAAUGGAUAAUAAUGAAGUGGCUCAAUGGCUCAGGGAGAACCCCAGACUAGACAAAAAGAUGAUCGGGGAAUUUGUGAGCGAUCGCAAAAACCUUGAUUUGCUUGAGAGCUUUGUAGGGACGUUUCAAUUCCAGGGUCUUAGAAUUGAUGAAGCUUUGAGGCUUUACCUUGAAGCGUUUCGCUUACCAGGGGAAGCACCUGUGAUUCAUCGGCUUUUAGAGGCCUUUACAGAACAUUGGAGGAAAUCAAAUGGGACUCCUUUUGCACAUAGUGAUGGCUGCUUUGCUUUGGCCUAUGCUGUUAUCAUGCUGAAUACUGAUCAACACAAUCACAAUGUUCGCAAGCAGAAUGUUCCAAUGACUCUGGAGGAGUUCCGAAAAAAUUUGAAGGGGGUGAAUGGAGGAAAAGAUUUUGAUCCGGAUAUGCUAGAAGAUAUGUACCAUGCGGUCAAAAAUGAUGAAAUAGUCAUGCCAGAAGAGCAGACUGGACUAGUAAAGGAGAACUACAUGUGGAGUGUACUGCUUCACCGAGGAGCCACCCCAGAGGGCAUCUUCUUGCAUGUUACUCCAGGAAGUUAUGAUCAUGAUCUCUUCACAAUGACAUGGGGUCCAACUAUUGCCGCACUCUCCUAUGUGUUUGACAAGAGCAUGGAAGAGACCAUUAUACAGAAAGCUAUUUCUGGAUUUAGGAAAUGUGCAAUGAUAUCUGCUCACUAUGGAUUAAGUGAUGUUUUUGACAACCUCAUAAUUUCCCUGUGCAAGUUUACAACUCUUAGUAGUGAGGCUGUAGAGAAUCUUCCUACUGUUUUUGGAAGCAACCCAAAGGCCCAGAUAGCUGCCAAAACUGUUUUCCACCUAGCACACAGACAUGGCGAUAUUUUGCGUGAGGGCUGGAAAAAUAUCAUGGACUCUAUGUUGCAACUCUUCAGAGCUGAGCUGCUGCCAAAGGCUAUGGUUGAGGUUGAAGACUUUGUUGAUCCAAACGGCAAAAUUUCUCUUCAGCGGGAAGAAAUCCCUGCAAAUCGUGGGGAGUCGUCUGUCCUAAGUUUUGUCAGCUGGCUAACCCUGAGUGGCACUGAGCAGUCAAAUCUGAGAGGACCUACUGAAAACCAAGAAUCCAAGAAACUAGCAUUGGAGUGUAUAAAGUUAUGUGAUCCAGAGAAACUCAUUACAGAGAGCAAAUUUCUACAGCUGGAGUCCUUGCAGGAAUUAAUGAAGGCUUUGAUAUCUGUGACUCCGGAUGAAGAAACAUAUGAUGAAGAAGAUGCUGCGUUUUGCUUAGAGAUGUUGCUGAGAAUUGUUCUUGAAAACAGAGACCGUGUGGGCUGUGUGUGGCAAGUUGUGCGCGAUCACUUUUACCAUCUUUGUGCUCAUGCAGUGGAGUUCUGCUUCCUUGUUGAACGUUCUGUGGUUGGACUGCUACGACUUGCUAUUCGACUUUUACGGCGUGACGACAUCAGUGCACAGGUUCUUCUUUCCCUCCGCAUUUUGCUAAUGAUGAAGCCAAGUGUCCUUACCCGAGUAAGCCGCCAAGUUGCUUUCGGCCUUCAUGAACUGUUAAAGACCAAUGCUGCCAACAUCCAUUCUAGCAAUGAUUGGUACACACUGUUUUGCCUGCUGGAGUGCAUUGGUGCAGGGGUGAAGCCUCCACCUGCCCUGCAGGUGACAACCAGGAGCGAUAAUGACACAGGUGCACUGUCAGACAGUGAAGUGUCUUCAUACCAUUCAACUGAUGUGAGCCUGGAUCGUGGGUACACCUCAGACUCUGAGGUAUACACAGAACAUAGCAAGCAAUCAAAGAUGCACCGAUCUGUCACUGAUGUGGAUAUGGUGAAUAGCGGUUGGCUGGUGGUUGGAAAGGAGGAUGUGGACUCUUCUAAAGUGUCUGCAGCAGUGACCAAGCCUGGUGCCAGCACUCCAGUAAACCAAUACAGUUUAGUAAUUGGUUUGGACUUUGGUCCACAUGAUACAAAAUCUCUCAUGAAGAGCGUGGAGUCUCUUUCUUUCAUUGUCCGAGAUGCUGCACACGUUACACCAGAAAACUUUGAGCUGUGUGUGAAGACUAUUCGUGUCUUCGUAGAGGCGAGUCUAAACGGAGGUGUGUGGUACAAAUCACAGGAUAAGAGAGCGAAGAGCCAUAAGUAUGACAAUAAAGCUAGCCGUUUCAAGAAGAAAAGUAAAGAGAAAGAGAAUACGUUGCGCCGCUCAAGAGUCUCCAACCAGCGCCAGUAUCGUUCUCACAGCGAUGAUGAGGAAGACGAGACUGUGCCAGCUAGUUACCACACUGUGUCAUUACAGGUUAGUCACGACCUUCUUGACUUGAUGCACACACUUCAUACAAGAGCUGCAACCAUUUACAGUUCCUGGGCAGAGGAACAGCGCCAUCUUGAGACUGCAGGAGAAAAGAUCACAGCCGAUGCUAGAACUUUGUGGUCAAACUGCUGGUGUCCAUUGCUACAGGGAAUUGCAUGGCUUUGUUGUGAUGCUCGACGUCAAGUUAGGAUGCAGGCUCUUACCUACUUACAGAGAGCACUUUUAGUCCAUGAUCUCCAGACAUUGGAUGCACUUGAUUGGGAAGCCUGCUUUAAUAAGGUGCUAUUUCCACUGUUAACAAAACUCUUGGAGAACAUAAGCCCCGCUGAUGUGGGAGGCAUGGAGGAGACAAGAAUGAGAGCAUCUACCUUGCUUUCAAAGGUCUUCCUACAGCAUUUGUCUCCUUUACUGUCUCUUUCCACCUUUGCUGCUCUGUGGAUGACAAUACUAGAAUUUAUGGACAAGUACAUGCACGCUGGCUCCAGUGACUUGCUGAUGGAGGCCAUACCCGAAUCCUUGAAAAACAUGCUGCUAGUUAUGGACACGGCUAGAAUAUUCCACAGUGCAGACUCACGGACAGGAUACUCAGACCUUUGGGAGAUUACAUGGGAGAGAAUAGACUGUUUCCUGCCUCGGCUGAGAGAAGAGCUUUUCAAGCAGACAGUAAUACAGGACCCACCCCAUGUAUCUGCAAGUGAAGCACAUCCUCAAAAGACUCUAGGGCCUGCUUUUGUUCCUGCUCCUACAGAGCCCAGACCUGUGCCACAGCCAGCUCAUCCCGAGCAAAUACCAAGUGAAAAUGACUGUACAAGCCCUGGAUUAUCUGCCGUUCCAAUUCCUGGAUCUAGCCCUUCCUGUGCACCCAUGAGGAUAAGCCCUGUAAAUGAGAUACCUCCUCCUCUAAGUCAGUCUCCUCUCAUCUUGCACCCCCUACCAUCUCAUUUGCAGGUUGGAGUUCCACCGAUGUCUCUGCCAAUCAUCCUAAAUCCUGCAUUAAUAGAAGCUACCUCUCCUGUACCCCUCCUGUCUACUCCUCGACCUGCAGAAACAUCACUAUCACCAGUCUCGGAGGUCAACUAAUCACCUGCUUUUCAAACCUAGGCCUGAUUUACUUUGAACUACUUUUUGUUUCUGGCAUGGGAACCAAUCGCCAUUUUAUUUAAUGAACAUGGUAAUCGUAAAACAAUAAACAAUAGAAAACAUUUGCAAAGGAUUGUUCUGGAAAACAAGCCUCCUCUUGAAAUUCUGUUUUGGAUCAUCUGUCUAGCCAUGCUGGUUGCUUGUGUUACAAUCAUACCAUUGUAAUGAACUCUGUACACUGUAAAGAUAUUUUAUAUCGGAGAAAAAAAACACAGGUAGAUCUAUAAUUCAUCAUUACAUUGAGUUCUAGUUAUUUUAAAUGAGUGUGAGCCAUCGUUUGUAAAAAAAAAAAAAAAAAGAUAUCUGCUGAAUAAUGACCCUUUCCUGAAAACUGUUAUCACAUGCAAUGGAGGCACACAAUUAUGUGGCACGCAAUUAAACAGAUUUGCCUGUUUGGAACUGGAAAUACUUGGAUGUUUUGAGGAUUAGUUCUAAGUGAUAUGCCUAAUUUAAAACUCAUUAGCUCCGCCUUCAAAAUGGCUGCCUCCAGUGUGUGCUGGCAGUAAACACGUGUACAUCUGUCAUUAUGUUAUUAGCAUGCAGUUAUAUUUUAUUUUUACUUAAAAACACCAAAGGAAGCACAGGUGCUAUUUUACUUCCAUGCCAGGAUAACCAAUGUUCCUUUCUCCACAAGCAAGGUCAUCUUACUGCUAUUCUGUAACAGUGCUGCAAUAAGAAUCUGUCCACUCCUUCAAAAUAUAUGUUCAAAACGCGAAUACUCUUUACGUUUCAUUGGUUGUAUCACCUUGACAGAUGAGCUACAUUUACCAGAAUAGAUCCAAAGUGUGAAAAUGUCCUUUUAGGUGCAAUAGCACAGUGGCUGGAAUACUGCUACUUCAAUUGAGGAUGUUCAUAGAAUUUGAUUUUUAAAUUAUUAAAAUGUUUGCAUGGACUGACGUUGAUGACAUAGGGUUUGAUUUACAAAGCAAACACGGGAAUGUUACCCAUAGCAAAUAUGUGGCUUUCUUAUUCCACUUUAGAAAAAUAUCAGGUGGAAUCUGCUUGUUAUGGGGAACAAAGCCUAGUGUUUCUACACUUUUCAAAUCGGUAAAUCUGCUCAGAUGGAUUUUAAAUGCUGUCAGUUUUUAUUCUAUGUAAGAGUUGCUAUCCACAUUUGUACAGCUUCUUUGUUUUUUGUUAUUAAAUAGUAUUAAUUACAUUGUUUAACCCAUUCUUUUUCUUAAUGGCCCUAUGUAAUUGGUUACAGAGCGUUGUAGCUUUCCCCUUUCAAAGUUUACACUUGUACCCAGGCACUGUGAUUUCUCUGUCUAGUGACCAUGUACAUUAAUUCAGUAAGAUUUUAGCAUACAUUUAUAUUUAUUCCUGUUUCAUUUGAGGUAGAGAGUGCAAUUUAUUUUCCAUGCAAAAAUCUCUCAAUUCUCAAGUUUCAUUUGUCUCUCUUGUAUGGUUGCGUAUACCUACAAACUGCUCAUCACUAUACAUAUACAGAUACAUAGUGUAUAUAAUGAAUGCAAAAUAAAAUGUACUUUUUAUGAUGUAAUAAAGUCAGUGUAUGUUUAA